AAAUUUAGGCCUACCCUAUCUCUCUAGGGUUACCUGUGAGCCAAUUUUGAGGUUACCCUUUUUCCAAACCUAAAAUCCAUAUUCCCACAAUUAAUUACAAGUCCUAAUGCAAAACUUACAAGUGAAUAAGUAACAUGACUUAACUUAAAACACUUAAAUUACUGAAAACGGGUAACCUUACUACUCCAUCCUUGAUUUUUCUUCACUCUCUCUCUCUCUCAUCUAAGAAGAAAGAACAGUCUUUUUUCUAGAAGGUAAUCAAAGAUGGUGAGAGGGAAGACUCAAAUGAGGAGGAUUGAGAAUGCUACAAGCAGACAAGUGACCUUCUCCAAAAGAAGAAAUGGUUUGCUGAAAAAAGGUUUUGAACUUUCUGUGCUUUGUGAUGCUGAAGUUGCUUUGAUCAUCUUCUCUCCAAGAGGCAAGCUUUAUGAGUUUGCAAGCUCAAGCAUGCAGGAGACUAUUGAACGGUAUAGAAGUCAAGUAAAAGAUGUUCAAACAGAUAUUUCAAGUGUAGAAGAUGUUCAGCAUUUGAAGCAUGAAACAGCUAUCAUGGCAAAGAAGGUAGAGCUCCUAGAAGUUGCAAAAAGGAGACUUUUGGGAGAAGGAUUAGGAGCAACCACCAUUGACGAACUAGUUCGGAUUGAACAGCAGCUAGAAAGGGGCGUACGCCUUGUUCGAGCACGAAAGAUGCAAGUUUACCAAGAACAGAUUGAGCAACUACAAGCAAAGGAGAAAUUGCUAGCAGAUGAAAAUGCAAUACUUACAGAGAAGUGUCAAGCUGUCCAAGUAACAGAAGAAAGGCAAGCCGAUUUUCGUGUUCUUGAAAACGGAGAGAAUUCUGAUGUGGAAACUGAACUAUUCAUCGGGCCACCAGAGACGAGAAUGAAGCAACGACCAAAGUAAACGCAUGGUUUAUUCAUAUAUAUAUAUACGUACAUAUAUUUAUAUAUCCAUCAAGAUUAUGCUAGUUUUACAAAUAUUAAGAUGCACAUGUGUUUUACGCAUACAAUUGUUGUUUCGCAACAAAAUUUUCAACGGAUGUAAGUCUAGAAAUGAAUCAGACUUUGUUAGCUGAAACCAUAA